UAGAACAGGGUUUAAUAAGUGAAUUGCUUGAAUUUAUUGCCGAAGGUAGUCACAAAGUGGCUAGGAGCAACGACACCAUGAUCUUACAAAAUUCGUAUUCAAUAUCUGGUAAACAAAUUUCUGGUACCCUAUUCCACAAUAAUGAUAUGACAAGUGAGGAUGAUUUAAUUCCAGACAGCUCACCUUAUCUGGCGCAUUCAUUCAGCAAGGCAGAGAAAACUGGACGGAAAGAAAAAUUACGAUGGUAUUGUUAUAGCGAGAAAUGUGAAAAAAAGGUUUCAACUCUUAGUUCCGAAAAUAAUAUUAGUGAUCAAAUGGCAAGAACACAAAAUAUAUGA